AUGUUUAAUAGACUGCUGGUACGCUUUCUUAUCGAGAAAUUAUGUAAAUAUUACGUGAACCCACGAAGAGGGCCAUUUAUGCCUGUUAUUAGCAGAAAAAAGCCCUUGGACGGCGAAUGCAUGAUGCAAUUUCAUGUAAAAAGGAAGUUUACGGCGUUUUAUACUGUUGUACCGCAGUGUUCCGUUUGAAGAGAAGAAAGAGAUUGAAAUUUGACGAAUAGUUGUUACCUAAAACAAUGUAUUUUUUGUUCCGUGUCAGAUGGUUCCCCUAUGCGAUUAGUCUAUUUCCGAACUUGAUUGUCGAAGGGAUCAGUUAUUUUAAUUUUGUUUUUGCAGGAAAUCAUGUCGUUGUUGACCGAGACCGAUGAGUUCAAGAAGCUCAAACAGCUUUUCGAUGGGGGCGCCAAAGAUCUGAACCUGAACAAACUGUUUGCCGAGAACCCUGACCGUUUCGAGAAGUAUCAUACUUCUCUUCCCACCAAGGAUGGGGAUAUUUUGGUCGAUUACUCCAAGAACUUGGUUGACGACACUGUUUGGAAGGCCCUGCUCGACUUGGUAAGCCCUUUUUUAUGGUUUCUUUUGUAAUUAGAAACACUAAUGUUUGGAUGAAUACACGAUCGUGUACGAUUGUCUAAAUCUUAUGUCAGGGGCAGUGUGAACAGGAUUUAAUUUGUGUUAUUCAUCUUUUAGGCCCGUGCCCGAAAUGUUGAAGGUCUCCGUGAUCAAAUGUUCAAUGGAACUCCCAUAAAUUUCACCGAAAACCGAGCCGUUCUGCAUAUUGCAUUGAGAAAUAGAAGCAACAAGCCAAUACUGGUCGAUGGGAAGGAUGUAAGUCGAGUUUUGUAUUCUUUUGGACUUUUUAGGUAUAGGUUUGACAAAAAGAAGAAAUUGCUCGUUUAGGUCAUGCCUGCUGUGAACGCUGUCCUGGAUCACAUCAAGCAAUUCUGUAGCCAAGUGAUUUCCGGAGAAUGGAAAGGAUACACUGGGCAAAAGAUCACGGACGUUGUUAACAUUGGAAUUGGCGGUUCGGAUCUCGGGCCAUUGAUGGUAACCGAAGCCCUGAAGCACUUCCAAGUUGGUCCUAAUGUCCACUUUGUCUCGAAUGUGGAUGGAACUCAUUUGGCUGAGACCGUGAAGAAACUGAAGCCCGAGACGACCUUGUUCAUCAUUGCCUCAAAGACAUUCACCACCCAGGAGACCAUCACCAAUGCCGAAUCGGCGAAGAAAUGGUUCCUGGAUGCUGCCAAGGUAAGGCAUUGAUCUGGGAAUUAUUUUCGUUUUAUUUCAGGAUCAAGCAGCCGUUGCCAAACACUUUGUUGCUUUAUCCACCAACACCAAGAAGGUGGAGGAGUUUGGCAUCGACUCCAACAACAUGUUCCAGUUCUGGGACUGGGUUGGUGGCCGGUACUCUCUUUGGUCUGCCAUUGGUCUCAGCAUUGCCGUCCACAUUGGAUUUGAUAACUUUGAGAAACUUUUGGAUGGAGCUCACAUUGUCGACCAGCACUUUACACAAACCCCGUUGGAAAAGAACAUUCCAGUUAUAUUGGCUUUGUUGGGCGUCUGGUACAUCAACUUGCAUGGGGCGGAGACUCAGGCCUUGUUGCCGUACGAUCAGUAUCUUCAUCGAUUCGCCGCUUAUUUCCAACAAGGGGACAUGGAAAGCAAUGGAAAAUAUAUUACUCGGUAAGGGAUUUAUUCUUCAUCUAAACUUGUCAUGCUGAAAGCUAAUGAAAAUGUCAUUUUAGUGACGGUCGACGAGUGAAUUACCAAACCGGUCCAAUUGUAUGGGGAGAGCCUGGAACAAAUGGGCAGCACGCCUUCUAUCAACUUAUCCAUCAGGGUACCCGCCUUAUCCCAUCCGAUUUUAUUGCUCCCAUCAAAACCCAUAACCCCGUCCAGAAUGGUCUACAUCAUCAAGUAAGCUAAUUUCCGGCCGAAAUGAUUGUUCCAGAUACUCUUGGCCAAUUUCCUCGCCCAAACUGAGGCCUUGAUGAAGGGGAAAUCCGCUGCUGAAGCUGAGGCCGAAUUGAAAGCCGCGGGAACUCCGGCUGAACAGAUCUCGAAGAUCCUCCCUCACAAAGUCUUUGAGGGAAAUCGCCCCACAAACUCGAUUGUCCUCCCCGAACUUACCCCCAAUGUCCUGGGAGCACUGAUCGCGAUAUACGAACACAAGAUCUUUGUUCAAGGAGUCAUCUGGAACAUCAAUUCCUUUGAUCAAUGGGGGUAAGAUUCUCUGUUUCAUGCAUUCAAAUCCUUGUUUUGCCCGUUUGAUAUAUUACUCAUCAUGGUGAAUAUAAUUUUAGCGUCGAAUUGGGCAAACAAUUGGCCAAGGUGAUCCUCUCCGAGCUUCAAGCCCCAGGCAAUGUCUCCAGCCACGACCAAUCCACAAAUGCCCUCAUCAACUAUGUUAAGUCCAAGCACUGA